CCCUCCCUCUUCAGCUUGCUUGCUUGGCCUGGGGGUCCGGGCCAGCAACAAGCAGACAUGGUCCAAGGAGCCAGAGGCUGCCCAGAGGCUGGGGGUCUGUGAGCCGCUGUGGAGGCCAUGGGAUACAGGGUUGCCAUGGCGUUAGCCGCCCAGGGCCUCCUCUGCAUGGUGCUUCUGUUCCCUCUCUUGGUGCUUGGGGUCCCCACUGAGGAGCCCACCUCUCGGGAAGCCGUGGCCUCCCGUCCCCGUGGGUACUGUCGCCGGUGCUGUGACUCUGAGGACCCCCUCACCCUUGCUGAUGAAGCAGAUAUGUCCUCGGCCUCUCCAUCUGCCCUUCUGUACGUGCUGCCUGAGGUCAGGCCCUACAUCAACAUCACCAUCCUGAAGGGUGACAAAGGAGACCGAGGCCUGCUGGGCAGCCCCGGGAAGCUGGGCAGGGAGGGUCCCCAGGGGGAGCGCGGCCCGCAGGGCGCCAAGGGCGCCAAGGGGCAGGCAGGCAGCCCCGGGGGCCCGUGCCGGAUGCGCUUCUCCGCCUUCUCCGUGGGCCGCAAGACGGCCCUGCACAGCAGCGAGGAUUUCCAGACGCUGCUCUUCGACACCGUCUUCGUGAACCCUGACGGCCACUUCAACCUGGCCACCGGCCACUUUGUCGCCCCCCUGAGCGGCCUCUACUUCUUCAGCCUCAACGUCCACAGCUGGAACUUCAAGGAGACGUACGUGCACAUCAUGCACAACGAGCAGGCGGCCGUCAUCCUGUACGCGCAGCCCAGCGACCGCAGCAUCAUGCAGAGUCAGAGCGUGAUGCUGGCCCUGGGGCCCGGGGACCGCGUCUGGGUGCGGCUCUUCAAGCGCGAGCGCGAGAACGCCAUCUACAGCGACGACGUGGACACCUACAUCACCUUCAGCGGCCACCUCAUCAAGCCUGAGGAGGACUAGCACCUCUGGCAGGGGUGCAGGCGGCCUGAACCUCUCUCCAGGGGCGAGACGGCCCCCGCCCAUUGGUGCUCACGCAGACCCCGGGGCAGAGGUGGCCCCGGCCGUGAUCUCUGGUGCUCGCUCGUAGCCGAUGGGUCCAUGGCUACGUGCCUGGGGGCUGGCAGCAGGACGUGACCAGGUGCCUUCGAGGCUGAUGCUGUACAGCCACCCCCAGCCUGACUCCACCCCUGCCCUGCUUGUCCACAGUGAUUAAAGUCCGUGUGUCUCGUUGGCA